CGAUGAGCUUGGAUAGUCUUCUGCUAUAGGCACUGGCUGUAUAGUGGCUGUAGCUUCCGCAGACAAAUACCGAAGCGCAUGUAACUGUAAAUCUGAGCGGACGAAAAGUGAUAUAUCUGCCGAUUCGAUGUUUUCUUGCUGUGAAGACCCAAAUAUAUUCAUGCUGUGAAUCGCAUUCUUCGCCACGCGACCGGUCUUCAAACAUGAGUGCGGUCAUACGAAGAAUGCAGCUGCUCGUACCUUGCCUAUGCCAAAGUUCUGUCACUAGUUUGGCAGCGCCUUGCCGGGCUGCAAGUACCACUGGCUAUACCACUCGGACAAACGAGACCUUAGAGGUGCAACGAGCGAGGCUUCUCUACCAGAGUCGGAAACGUGGGAUGCUGGAAAAUGACCUUGUGCUCAGCACUUUUGCAGCAAAGUAUCUCAACACGUUCACCGAAGAACAACUGCAGAAAUAUGACAUGCUCAUCAACCUUCCUUCCAACGACUGGGACAUCUACCACUGGGCUACGGGUAAAAAAGAGGCCCCUCUGGAGCUCCAGAAUGAGAUCCUGGAUCUGCUCAAAGCACAUGUCAAAAAUGAGAAACGAGAGAAGAGGUUUCACCAACCUGCACUGCACACGUCAUAGUUUUGUAGGUAGCAAAAUAGUUUGGUAAAUAAGCUCUCAAAUGUUAACAUGUAGAAGUGGAAGUUAUGCUGAAAGUAGUACAUAGGUAUAAUUACGUAUGUUUAUCAGUUUUACCUGAACGUGCUAUAAACAGUUGGAUACAUACAAUAUCUGUCUAUAUUUUCAACAUCAUCCGCCUAAUUCAAUAUGAAAAUGCACACGACAACUACGCUUCAAUGUCCCUUGAGGACUAAAGAGAUGAGUACUCAAAACAAUGAGUACCCCGCAAAGAAGACAAGUACCCAUAAAUACUAUUUGUACACAGAUACAUUUAUGAGCAACUCGAGACACUGACAAUAUGUACAAUGAGAUAAAAUGUCCACUAAGACAAGUGCACCUGAAAAAAUUAGACGAAUUCAGCUCUGCCACUGGAUUUUCUUAACCUUAUCCGCCCUUUUCUGCAAUGUUAAAUAAGAAGGAGCACCAUUGUGAGAAAAUACUGCUCUUAAAUAAAGAUAAUUCGCAAAUGAAAA